UACAAGACAUUCACAGUUCAGCUUGGUUCUUAUACAUAGCUGCCAGUAAAUGUUUUUCCCUUUGGUUAGAUCUCAUCUGUCAAUUUUUUAUAAUCGCGGUUAUUUUUACACUGUUAUUUUUCAAUAAAGAUAUGUAUGGGGGCGAUAUGGGUCUUAUAAUCACCCAAUAUUUAAGUCUCAUGGGUUCUCUUCAAUGGGGAAUGCGUCAAUGGACGGAAUUAGAAACAAACAUGAUAUCUGUCGAAAGAAUAUUACAUUAUACAGAACUGAAUAUUGAACCAAUAUUAAAAGAAAAUCCCGAAGUUUCUGUAAAUUGGCCGGAAAAAGGAGAAAUAGAAUUUAAACACGUAUUUUUGAAAUACGAUUUUAAAGAAUCCAACGUGCUAAGUGAUUUAAAUUUUUCGAUAAAACCAGCUGAGAAAAUUGGAAUAGUAGGUCGUAGUGGUGCCGGGAAAUCAUCGAUUAUCAUAGCUCUUUUUCACUUAUAUAAUAUCGAAGGGUCUAUUUUAAUAGAUGGAGUGGAUACUACAAAAAUAUCUUCAAAUUUAGUUAGAUCGAAAAUAUCUAUUAUACCUCAAGAACCAAUACUGUUUUCAGGCGACGUCCGACAAAAUCUCGACCCGUUAAAUAAUCACACCGAUGAAAUUCUUUGGAACGCUCUAGAAGAUGUAGGAUUAAAAAAUAUUUUCAAAGAAUCCGUUGACGGUCUGUAUACUCGUAUUUUUGAAGGAGGUAAUAAUUUCAGCGUCGGACAAAGGCAGUUGAUAUGUUUAGCAAGAGCACUUAUCGAAAAUAAUAAAAUACUCGUACUAGACGAAGCUACAGCUAAUGUCGAUCCGCUUACAGACGCCCUCAUACAAGAAACCAUUCGAAAGAAGUUUGCCCGUUGUACAGUUUUAACUAUAGCACAUCGAUUGCACACUGUUAUGGAUUCUGAUAGGAUUCUUUUAAUGAAUAGUGGUAUAGUCGAGGAAUUUGAUGAACCUUACAUCUUAUUACAAUCUGAAAAAGGUGGUUUAAGACAAUUAGUCGAAGCUACUGGACCAAAAAGUGCUAAAUAUCUAACAAAAAUUGCUAUAAAGAAUCACGAGAAGAAAAUGAGAGAUGUAUCUGACUUUUAGCACAAUAAUAAUAAUAAUAAUAAAUAUAAGAAUAAUUUCC